AUUCAUUUUCAAGCCAAAAAAAAAAAAAAACACUUCAAGAAUCAUUCUACACUAAUUUUACCGAUCACACAUUUACUUCGGCACGCUCUGGUUGAUUUGAAUAGAGUAUUUUGACAAAAUCUAAGCCUAUAAAUUAGAGAAGCUGUUUAUUCAUUAAUCACCGGUACCGUUGUAAUUGAUCAAGUACAAACUCCUUCCUGACGACUUCUACAGGUUUUGCUAAUUGAGCAAAUGGAUUCUGCAGUUAAUGUGCCUAGAUGGACUCCAAGUCCAAGCCCCACUAGAUCACUUCUAAAAGAGCCUGAAACAAAAGCUAACGUUGUUCCAUCGAAAAGAGAAGCAGGUGUAGAUGACUUGGAGUUGCAAAGCAUAAUCUCUGAGGAAGAUGGCAAGCCUACAACGGUAGACAGCACGUUCCCAUUUAGCCCUGGCACCACAGCAGGUCCUGAUCCACCUCCUUAUUCAGGCACCUAUGAAGCAUCAUCUAUGAUGACAGAGAUGGAGCCACUCGGGACGUUACCAAAGGGAGGCAAGAACUAUGAUGGUGACGGCUUGACAUCAAAGGGAAACAGAAAUGGCCUUCUCAUGACAUGGAUUGAUCUGUGGGUUACAGUGCCUGAUGGGAAAAACGGGGGCCGACCACUCCUGCACGGUCUAACCGGUUAUGCUCAGCCAGGGGAGGUUUUGGCUAUUAUGGGUCCUUCGGGAAGCGGCAAGACAACUCUUCUAGAUGCUCUGGCAGGAAGAUUAAGUUCAAACACACAGCAAACUGGAGAGAUCCUAAUCAAUGGUCGAAAGGAGACACUUGCAUUUGGAACUUCGGCCUACGUUACUCAAGAUGAUACUCUAAUGACAACAUUAACUGUGAGGGAAGCUGUCUACUACUCAGCACAGCUCCAACUUCCAGACUCCAUGUCAACAUCUGAGAAGAAGGAAAGAGCUGAGAUAACAAUAAGAGAGAUGGGCUUACAAGGCUCUGCUGACACCAGAAUAGGAGGGUGGAGCGUGAAGGGCAUUAGCGGAGGACAGAAGAGGAGAGUUAGUAUUUGCAUUGAAAUCUUGACCCAGCCCAAGCUGCUCUUCCUUGAUGAGCCUACUAGUGGACUGGAUAGUGCAGCAUCUUACCAUGUCAUGAACCAUAUCGUUAAGCUUGCUCGCCAAGAAGGAAGGACAAUUGUUGCAUCAAUUCAUCAGCCAAGUAGUGAGGUUUUUGAGCUCUUCCACAACCUCUGCCUUCUUUCUUCUGGAAGAACCGUCUAUUUUGGUCCUGUUUCAAUGGCAGAACAGUUCUUUUCUUCAAAUGGCUUUCCAUGCGCUCCUUUGAGAAACCCAUCAGAUCACUACCUUAGAACCAUAAACGCGGAUUUUGAUAUGGACAUUGAACAAGGGCAUGGUGGCAGCACAGAGGAAGCCAUCAAUGUUCUUGUCAAGUCCUACAAAUCAUCAGAGAUUUUCCUGCAAGUUCGCCAGCGAGUAGCUUCCAUAUGCGAGCAGAAAGGAGGAAUUCUAGAGAAGAAAGGAAGCCAGGCAAGCUUCAUCACUCAGUGCCUAGUUCUUACAAGGAGAUCUUUCGUCAACAUGUACCGCGAUCUAGGCUAUUACUGGCUUCGCCUUGCAAUCUACAUAGCAUUGUGCCUAUGUGUAGGGACAAUCUUCUAUGAUAUUGGCUUAACUUUUGGGUCAAUACAGGCUAGAGGCUCAAUGCUCAUGUUUGUUGCUGCAUUCUUGACUUUCAUGGCAAUUGGUGGAUUCCCCUCUUUCGUAGAGGACAUGAAGAUUUUCGGACGAGAAAGAUUAAAUGGGCACUAUGGUGUUGGUGCAUAUGUUGUUGGAAACACAUUGUCUUCCAUUCCUUACCUGCUCAUGAUAUCUUUAAUCCCUGGAGCAAUGGCCUAUUACCUAGUUGGCCUUCAAAAGAGCUUGGAACACUUUGUCUGUUUCGCACUGAUACUCUUCGUGUGCAUGAUGCUGGUCGAAAGCUUAAUGAUGAUCGUUGCAAGUAUCGUGCCAGAUUUCUUGAUGGGUAUUAUAACAGGUGCAGGAAUUCAAGGUGUUAUGAUGUUAAACGGAGGAUUUUUUCGGUUGCCAGAUGAUCUUCCUAAGCCUUUCUGGAGAUAUCCGAUGUACUACAUUGCAUUCCACAAAUAUGCAAACCAAGGGUUCUACAAGAAUGAAUUCCAAGGAUUGACAUUCCCUAAUAAUCUAGCCGGAGGGCCACCUACCAUUACUGGCGAAGAAAUUCUGAAAAACACAUGGCAAGUAGAGAUGGGUUAUUCUAAGUGGAUUGAUAUCGCUAUCCUCUUAGGAAUGGUGAUUCUUUACCGUCUCAUGUUUUUGGGAAUCAUAAAACUUGUUGAAAAGGUUAAACCAAUCAUCAGAGCUGCUUUUGCUGGUGCUCCAAGACAAUAAAAAAAUGUCUAGAGAAUCCCUCUUCCUCACUUUCCGAUGAAGCUCGUGCUUAAUAUGUCUUGCUACUUUAUAGAUCUCUUUUAAUUUUAUCUUCUUACCAAGUUAAACUGUGUAGCUGGGAAUUGCAGAUAAUAGUUUAUGCAAAUAUUGAUUGUUAAAUAUUAGUUUUAA